AUGUGUGUCGAUUUCAGAGAUCUGAACGCCGCUUGCCCAAAGGACCACUAUCCUCUGCCGAGGAUUGACCAGCUGGUGGAUGCCACUUCGGGAUGCGCUUUACUAUCUAUGAUGGACGCGUAUCAGGGAUACCAUCAGGUUAAAAUGAACAGAGGAGACAUUGCCAAAACGGCCUUUGCCGUCUGUUGCGGGGUUUAUGGCUGGAGGAGUAUGCCGUUUGGCUUGAAAAAUGCGGGAGCCACGUAUCAGCGGAUGAUGGAAAAAGUCUUCAAGGAACAGCUUUCCAAAAAUAUCUCAGUGUAUGUGGAUGACAUGCUCGUGCGGAGUAUCAGGGCAGAGGACCAUGUCUCUGAUCUCGAGGAGAUCUUCACGGUGGUUAGAAAGUAUCGGCUCAUGUUGAAUCCAGCAAAAUGCACUUUUGGGGUCACAACAGAGGAAUGCCGAGCGGCAUUUGAGGAUCUUAAGGUAUAUCUAGCAAAGCUCCCGACUCUGACCAAGCCGGUCCCGGGAGAAACGUUGUAUCUGUACAUAGCAGUGGGGAAAGAUGCAAUCAGCUCUGUGAUUAUCAGAGAGGAGGGAAGUCACCAGAAACCCAUCUACUUCGUCAGCCGAAUCAUCCAGGGUCCUGAAUUGAACUACACAGAGAUAGAGAAGGCUGCUCUGGCGGUCAUGGUCACGGCGAGAAAGUUGAGGCCGUAUUUUUUAUCGCAUCGGGUAGUGGUGCGCACUGCCCUGCCUUUUAAACAAGUGCUGGGGCGCCCGGAUUUGUCGGGAAGAAUGGUGAAGUGGGCUGUGGAGUUGGGGGAGUAUGAUGUGGAGUACGAGCCAAGAACAGCGAUCAAAGCACAAGCGUUGGCAGAUUUCAUCCAAGAAACAACUCGUCGUCCCGUACCGGAGUUUUGGGUUGCCUUUGUGGACGGAUCAGUUACAAAAGAGGGAUGCGGAAUUGGGGUAUACAUCACAUCACCGGGGUAUGGUACAUAUCAGUUUGCAAUCAAAUUCACUUGCCGACUGUCCAACAAUGAAGCGGAGUAUGAAGCUAUGGUCAGAGGGGCACACAUUUUGUCAGAACUCAAGGCCGAGUGUGUCAUCAUCAAGACAGACUCCCAGUUAGUGGCCCAACAAUAUUCAGGGGGUUAUAGUGUCAAAGAGGAACGCAUGAGGGCGUACCACCGCAAGCUCAGCGAGAUGAAGGACAAGUUUAUGGAAUUCAAAAUCGAGCAGAUUUCCCGGGAAGAGAAUACGAAAGCAGACCUACUAGCACGAAUGGCUAGUGCAGUGGAACAAACCUGGAGUGAUGAAAUUAUCUUACUCUGUGAUACCAGAGAGAUUGGGACUUCACAGGUCUUCUCCGUAGAGAUCAGAGACGACUGGCGGGCUCCUAUUAUACAUUUUCUCAAGACAGGGGAGCGGUUGAACAAGGAAUCUAAUCAGAGGGCCCGAUACGAAAAUUAUUGCUUGCUUAAUGACCAACUCUACAAACGAUCCUUUACGCAGCCUUUACUAAAAUGCUUAUCUCCAGAGGAAGCUAACUUUUCUUUAAACGAAGUUCAUGCAGGUUGUUGUGGUGGUCACACGGGAUUCCGGGACCUUGUACGCAAAAUCAUUCGGGCAGGGUUCUACUGA